AACAAAUUAUAUAAUGGUUUUUUUUUGGGGGGAGAUUAGUAAAGAAAAUUUUGGAGAGUGUUCAUGAGUGUCUUAUGCUUGAUUCAUAUUCAUCCAUCUUCGUGCUAGUAAAAGCAACGGCCGUGAUUGUUGGUAGCUUUGAAUGCAAUUCACGGUCCCGUUUAGAUCUCACAAGCUUCUCUUUCUUCAAAAAUGAGCUCAAAGAAUCAGAAUAAACCUCCCUUUCAUCAUAACACUACCAGUCCCUCAACUACUUCCACUACAACCCCAAGCACUUCAAAAAAUAAAUGCAUUGCUGCUGAAGUGAGUGAAGAGAAGGGGCAAAAGCUUGGAUUUCAAAAAAUGAUUGGCACUCCAAAUAAUGGUAGGCUCCGGCUAGCUUUUUCUCUUGUAAAUGGCUCCCAAGAUCUUGGCCCCGAUAGCACGCCGGUGAGCCAUGCCGGUUCUGAAUGCGGUGCCAUUGAGUUCACUAGAGAGGAUGUGGAGGCAUUAGUGAGUGAGAAAAUGAAAUCCAAGAACAAGUUUAACUAUAAGGAGAGAUGUGAGAAUAUGAUGGAGUAUAUAAAGAGGCUUAGGCUUUGCAUUAGAUGGUUCCAAGAACUUGAAGGAGAAUAUGCAUUUGAACAAGAGAAAUUAAGGAGUGCUUUGGAAUUAACUGAAAGAAGAUGCUAUGAAAUGGAGAUGGCUCUGAAAAACAAGGAUGAAGAAAUGAAUUUGAUAAUUUUGGAGCUAAGAAAUAGCUUGGCUUCUUUACAAGAGCAGCUCGUGAAAGAAGAAUCUGAGAAGAAGGCUGCAAUGGAUUCUCUUGUAAAAGAAAAAGAAGCUCGGGAUAGUAUUGAAAGGUCAAAGGCUUCUCUCUCCGAAGAGCUUGAUAAAGUUCGAGCUGAGCUUGAUAGUGCUAAUCAAAGGAUAGAAUCGAUAAAUGAUAUGUACAAGCUACUACAAGAAUACAACUCGAGUUUACAGAUAUAUAACAGUAAACUCCAGACGGAUGUCACCGCUGCUCAUGAAACCAUUAAGCGCGGUGAGAAAGAGAGAUUGGCUGCUGUGGAAAAUCUUCAUAACUUAAGGGGUGAACAUAAAUCGUUGCAAGAUCAACUCACUUCAUCUAUAGCUUCACAAGAUGGGGUUAUGAAGCAAAAAGAUGCUUUGCUGAACGAAGUUGCAUGUCUUAGAAUGGAGCUACACCAGAUUAAGGACGAUCGUGACCAAUAUCAACAGCAAGCGCAAAGUCUAGCUGUUGAAGCAUCGAAAUACAAAGAGUUGGCAACCAACUCGAGUGGAUUGGAGGAGAAAUGCUUGUCGCAAGGUAAUCAAAUACAAAUUUUGCACGAUCAAUUAGCGGUUGCAGAGAGGAAAUUACAGAUGUCUGAUACGUUCGCACUUGAGAAAAGAAAGGAGUUUGAAGGACAAAAGGAAAUCAUAGAGGAGUUACAUAAAUGCUUAGAAGAUGCAGAAUUUAAGCUUAUAGAAGGAGAGAAGCUACGAAAGAAGUUGCAUAAUACUAUAUUGGAAUUGAAGGGGAAUAUCCGUGUAUUUUGUCGAGUGCGUCCUCAAUUGGCUGAUGAUAGUUCAAGUAACCAUGGGAAGGUUUUCUCUUAUCCCACAGUAAUGGAAUACCUUGAUCGCAGCAUUGACAUGACACAUAACGGGCAGAAGCAUUCUUUCAUUUUCGAUAAAGUAUUUAUGCCUGAUGUGUCACAAGAGGAAGUUUUUGUCGAAAUCUCACAACUUGUACAAAGUGCUCUUGAUGGUUACAAGGUUUGCAUUUUUGCUUAUGGGCAAACUGGUUCGGGUAAAACCUACACUAUGAUGGGCAAACCGGGACAGCCGGAUGAGAAGGGAUUAAUACCUCGUUCGUUAGAACAAAUAUUUCAAACUAUACAAGCUCUUCAACAUCAAGGCUGGAGAUAUGAAAUGCAGGUCUCAAUGUUAGAAAUAUACAAUGAAACAAUCCGUGAUUUGUUAUCAACAAACCGGGAUUCAUCACGAUUUGAAAAUGGUGUUACUGGAAAGCAAUAUAUGAUUAAACACGAUGCCAAUGGAAACACUCAAGUCUCAGAUCUAACUAUUGUGGAUGUUCAAAGUAGUAGAGAGGUCUCAUUUCUUUUAGACCGAGCUGCACAAAGCAGGUCCGUGGGGAGAACUCAAAUGAAUGAACAAUCAUCGAGAAGUCAUUUUGUCUUCACAAUGCGAAUAACUGGUGUUAAUGAGAGCACUGAACAACAAGUACAAGGUGUCUUGAAUCUAAUCGAUCUUGCUGGAAGUGAACGACUAUCCAAAAGUGGCUCAACAGGGGACCGGUUGAAAGAGACUCAAGCCAUUAAUAAAAGUCUAUCGUCUUUAGCCGAUGUUAUAUUUGCAUUGGCAAAGAAGGAAGAUCAUGUACCAUUUAGGAACUCAAAACUCACUUAUCUUCUUCAGCCUUGUUUAGGUGGGGAUUCAAAGACUCUGAUGUUCGUAAAUCUCUCUCCCGAACCCUCUUCAGCCGGUGAAUCCCUAUGCUCACUGCGUUUCGCAGCUAGGGUCAAUGCUUGUGAGAUUGGGACUCCCCGACGUCAACUCAACAUCCGGACUUCGAAUUCUCGAUUGAGCUAUGGCUGAUCUCAUAUAUGAAAACCACCUUUUUUACAUGGUUCAUUUAGCCAUAUGUAUCUAUAUUGCAUUAGUAGAUUGAGAAAAGAGAGAUUCUAACAUGUACCCAUCUGUAUAGUAGCCAUUGCUCUUGUAUUUUUAGCAAGCAACCCCUUCACUUACCACAUUUAUAUUACUUAUACUGACUUGAUUUCUUCAACAUUUCCACUUGUGGAAUUAAUGCAAUAUUUUAGUUCA